AUGGGGUCCUUCGCCAGAGCUGCGCGCUUCCUGGUGCUCCUCCAGAUCGUCCUGUUCGUCAUCUCCGCCGUGCUCAUGAGCGGCCCCGUCUGCCAUGGAGCCCGCCCAGGGAUCGGUGGUGGAGCUCUCGAUCCUAAUCGUCCGACGGUUACAGUGCCGCCUGGUGACCCCUACACCGGUCGUCGGUGCAGCAGCUUGUACAGGUGCUCACCAAGUGUUCAGCCCUGA